CACCUUUCUUGAAAACUCUCCAAGCCUUUCGAGACAAAACAAGAUGAAAAAGCUAUUCAUCCAAUUCCCAGUUCUCCUCAUCCUUAUUCACUGCAUCCUAACUACUGCCCAGUCCCCAGCAGCAGCCCCUGCACCGCCUGGGCCGCCCAAUGUGACUGCCAUCCUCGAGAAGGAUGGCCGUUUUACCAUAUUCAUCAAGCUGCUGCAGAGCACGAAAGUAGCAGACAACCUCAACUCGCAGCUUAAUGAUUCAAACCAAGGGUUAACUCUCUUUGCGCCACCAGAUAGUGCUUUCUCCAGUCUCAAAGUAGGCAUGCUAAACUCCUUCACAGACGACCAGAAAGUGGAUCUGGUACAAUUCCAUGUCCUCCCUUACUACCUACCUCAGUCGCAGUUCGAGACAGCAAGCAAUCCUCUAAACACACAAGCCGGGGGCAGCUCGCAACUGCUGGCAAUGAAUGUGACAGCAGUAGGAGAUCAGGUGAAUAUAACAACUGGAGAGACAAAUGCAACAGUGUCCAACACAAUAUAUGACGAGAACGAGCUAGUAGUGUAUCAGGUGGACAAAGUGUUACUUCCACUAAGAUUUUACGUACCUCUGCCACCACCGCCUCUAUCGCCACCUCCACCAAAGAAAGCUGCUCCAAAGGAUUCACCGGCAUAUAGUGCUCCCGUGGAUUCUUCCAGCACAAAAUGCCAGUCCAGAAGGGUAAUCCAUGCAAUGAUCUGUGUCCUGUUAGCCUUGGCAGCAGUUCCAUGAUGUGCACGAGAAGAGUUGAUCUGAUGCUGUUGGGAUGUCUGAAGUAAAAAUAUGUUUCAUGUAUCUGCAAUUUUUUGGUUUAUAAGAUCACGAGCAUUCCAGUA